AUGGCUUUACUCUUGGACAGCGAACUGCCCGCGCGUCGUUUCCUCCGCAGGGGCGCCGUUACGGAGCUGGUGGAUCCGUCCGCCGUUGACCCAAACCUCCAAGGCCUGCAAGCCGAAUGGCCAGCGGAAGCUCCGGUGCCAGAUUGGAAGCGAUACAACAUGGCGCCACGACAGCGGCAGCUAGGUGGGCCGCAUAUCUUGGCCAUCCCACAAGCGCGUGCACACCGAGGAGGGAGAGUCCGAAUCGGAGUCUGGCUGUCCGUCAGUCUCGCAGCUAUCGCUGGUGUCGUUAUCAUGUGGGCUGUCAUCUUCAACAUCGUCUGGCUCCCACGUCGCGAAGGAACCGAGGCGAUCAUGGUUGAGAUACGGGAUGCAGAGCAUGUCAAAGACCGUAAGUCAUGGUGGGAAACUUCAUGGCUUGUUGCUGGCAUCGUGUUCAGAGGUAUCGUCGCCAUGUGGGGUGGAUACCGUCUCUUCACUAGAGGUUCGCAAUGCCUCUUUAACUCCUUGCCGCGUGGAUCUUCUGCACAAAAGCUAUUCAACAACGAGUUUCUGAAGACCUUCACCUUUCUGCUGGGUUACACUAUUCUUCCCACUGCCACGUCGGCCUUGUGGACGAUAGUUGUGCCAGGCGGCUUUUGCUAUCCGGAACACAACAUCCUUCGUUUCUGGCCGCCACAUACUAGAAACGACAUCAAGGCCGUCCUUGAAGGCUGGAUUGAGCUUGCGACUCUUCACAUAAAAGUCGAAGCAAGUUUCUCUCGAAUGGUCAAAUGCAAGAACACAAUCGGACAGGUACUUGUGUGGAUGUUGGGCGUCGGAGUGUGGACGACAGUUGAGAUCCUCUACGGCCCUUGUCGCUACUUCCCGCUGGUGUGGAAAUCGUGGUUUUCUGUUUUGGGCAUUUCUCUGGCAUCAUGGUUUCUAGGGAACGCAGAAGCAUUGUUUGUCAAAGAGCUCAAGGCGGUAGGGUCGGUACACGUGGAGUUUGUAGCGUAUCUUGUAAUAUUUUAUGUAGCUCGGUGGGUGGACUUGCAAGGAUAUUGCACCAGACCGAGCUGCUGGUAG